GAAGCCCUGAUCCACCCCUGGAGCGCCUGGCGCAGCCCUGGGGGCCACAGCUGCGCACAAGCAGACCUGCCUCGGACCAUGGGGCCGCACCGACGGGGCGCACAGCUCGGCGCCAUGGCCUGCGGGCUCCUGCUGCUCCUCCUUGUCCUGGCCCAUGGCCACGACUCUGCCAGCCCCAUCCGGAACACGCACACGGGGCAGGUGCGCGGGAGCCUUGUCCACGUGGAAGGCACCGAUGCGGGCGUCCAUACCUUCCUGGGAAUUCCCUUUGCCAAGCCACCUCUGGGGCCGCUGCGGUUUGCACCUCCUGAACCUGCUGAAGCUUGGAGUGGAGUGAGGGACGGGACCUCCCACCCAGCCAUGUGUCUGCAAGACAUUGCUGCAAUGAAUACACAGACUGUGAAACUGGUGAAUCUGACCCUGCCGUCCAUCCCCGUGUCCGAGGACUGCCUGUACCUCAACAUCUACUCGCCUGCACGUGCCCGUGAGGGCUCUGACCUGCCUGUGAUGGUGUGGAUCCAUGGGGGUGCACUGUUUAUAGGCUUGGCUUCCAUGUAUGACGGUUCUGUGCUGGCAGCAUUUGAGGACGUGGUGGUGGUCACCAUCCAGUACCGCCUGGGAGUCCUGGGCUUCUUCAGCACUGGAGACCAGCACGCCACCGGCAACUGGGGCUACCUGGACCAAGUGGCCGCGCUGAGCUGGGUCCAGCAGAAUAUCGCCCACUUUGGGGGCAACCCUGGCCAGGUCACCAUUUUUGGCGAGUCUGCAGGUGGCAUAAGUGUGUCUGCGCAUGUGCUGUCACCCAUGUCCCAAGGACUCUUCCAUGGAGCCAUCAUGCAGAGUGGGGUGGUCCUGCUCCCUCGCUUCAUAGUGAACUCGUCUGACGUGAUCUCCGCAAUGGUGGCCAACCUGUCUGCCUGUGACCAUAAGAACUCCAAGGCCUUCGUGGACUGCCUGCGGGGCAAGAGUGCAGAGGAGAUGCUGGCCAUCACCAAGGCCCUCAAGAUCAUCCCUGCUGUGGUGGACGGGGCCUUCCUGCCCAGGCACCCCCAGGAGCUGCUGUCCUCGGCCGACUUCCGACCCGUCCCCAGCAUCAUUGGUGUCAACAACGACGAGUAUGGCUGGAUCAUCCCCUCGAGCAUGGGCAUCUACGACCAACAGAAUGGAAUAGACAGAGGGACCAUGCAAGCUGUUGUACAGAGAUAUUCAAAACCGAUGAUGCUGCCUCCUGAGUUUGGCGACCUGUUGAUGGAGGAGUACCUGGGGAGCAGUGAGGACCCCCAGACCCUCAAGACCCAGUUCCUGGAGAUGAUGGGGGACUUGAUCUUCACGAUGCCUGCCCUUCAAGUGGCACAUUUUCAGCGUUGCCACGCCCCUGUCUACUUCUAUGAGUUCCAGCAUCGGCCCAGCUUCUCCAAGGACACCAAGCCGCCACAUGUGAAGGCCGACCACGGUGACGAGGUUCUGCUUAUCUUCAGAUCCUUCUUCGGGGGCACUCGAGUGCCCCUCUCUGAGGAGGAGGAGGUGCUGAGCAGGAGGGUGAUGAAGUACUGGGCUAACUUUGCUCGGAACAGGAACCCCAAUGGCGAGGGCCUGCCACACUGGCCCGUGUUCGACCAGGAGGAGCGAUACCUGCAGCUGAACUUGCAGCCUGCAGUGGGCCAGGCCCUAAAGGCCCACAGGCGCAAAUUCUGGACCAAGUAUCUGCCCCAGAAGGUCCAGGAGCUGAUGGGGGCUGAGCAGAAGCACAAAGAGCUGUAGCCGCCUAUGUCGAGGCAGGUCGAGGGCUCAGGAAAAAGUGCCCGCACCACCCGUAGGGACUGCCGGCUGAAUCCUCCAUCCACGGCCAUCCACUCAGCCAGUCCAUGCAGCAUUCAUACUGCAAACGUGCAUACAAGAUAACAAAGGUCAAAUCAGAUACUUAAUGCUCUCUGUUUAAGGAUCUUUGAACUCUGUCUUCUAGUUCUGUUGACACACACGAUAAGGAGUAAACUUCAGUCACCCUGCCGUGAUCUAGAGCUCUACAGCCUAUUGCUUCCAGCUCUAUUGUGGUAACUGUUAUCCAACCUCUGCAGAGGCUUCUCCUCCUGCCUCUCCUCCCCGCUAGUGACCACUGUAGUUCUCUCUGCUGCUAUGGGGUCAACUUGUGUAGCUUCUAAAAGUGAGUGCAGGGGCCAGUGCUGUGGCACAGCCGCUUAAGCCACCACCUGCGAUGCUGGCAUCCCGUAUGGGUGCAGAUUUGAGUCCUGGCUGCUCCAUUUCCAAUCGAGUUUCCUGCUAAUGGCCUGGGAAAGCAAAGGAGAGAUGGCCCAAGUGCUUGGGCCCCUGCACCUGCAUGGGAGACCUGGAAGAAGCUCCUGGCUCCUGGCUUUGGAUCAACUCAGUUGUGGCUGCUGCAGUCAUUUGGGGAGUGAACCAGCGGAUGGAAGACCUUUCUCUCACUCGGUCACUACCUCUCUCUGAAACUCUUUCAAAUAAAUAAAAAUAAGUAUUAAAAAAGUAAAAGUGAGUGUAAACAUG